AUGAUGUCGUCGGUGCCGGAGACGUUCAACCUGGACCAGCAGCACCUCGUGCAGCAGCAGCCUCCGCCAGCGGAGCAGGAGCAGAUCUGCUACGUGCACUGCAGCUACUGCGACACCAUCCUCGCGGUGGGCGUGCCGUGCAGCAGCUUGUUCCAGACGGUCACCGUGCGGUGCGGCCACUGCUCCAACCUGCUCUACGUCAACCUCCGCGCCCUCCUGCUGCCGCCGGCGGCGGCCGCCAACCAGCUACCACCCUUCGGCCAGGCUCUCCUCUCCCCAACCUCCCCGCACGGUCUACUUGAUGCUGAGACGAUGUCGUUCCAAGCACCGAGCCUGCAGCCGAGAGCUGAACCGCCGAGCGCCUGCGUGAGCACCAUCACGAGCAUCAACAACAACAGCUGCGGUGGUGGCAACAACGCGUCGGCCAUGUCGUCGAUGGCGCCGCCGCCACCGGCCAAACCUGCACUGCAUGAGCCGCAGCUGCCCAGGAGCGCAGCGUCAGGCAACAGAACUUCAGAGAAGCGGCAGAGAGUUCCUUCCGCAUACAACCGUUUCAUCAAAGAUGAGAUCCAGCGCAUCAAGGCCAGCAAUCCGGACAUCACUCACAGGGAAGCUUUCAGCGCGGCUGCGAAGAAUUGGGCCCAUUUCCCACACAUCCAUUUUGGUCUCAUGCCCGAUCAGGGCCUGAAGAAGAACCCUAUGCAAAAUCAGGAGGGAGCUGAAUGCAUGCUUUUCAAGGACGGUCUCUACGCAGCAGCAGCAGCCGCGGCCGCGGCCGCGCCGCCGCCGCCGCCACAGCUGCGUCCAGCAUGGGCAUUUCUCCAUUCUGACUUCACCCCACACCGCGGAAUGAUCUAUAGCGUUCUGCCUUUGUGCUUAGCCGCUUAG